AUGGAAGCGAAAAACUCUGAGGCAGAAGGAGCUCCAUCAGAGGAAGGUCAGAGGGCGCAGGCCCAGGAGGAUGCCCGAGAUGCCCUGUCAAGUGCAGGAGAUGACAAGAGGGAUGAGGAGGAUGAGGAACUGCAUCCUCUAUCGCCAGGUGAACUCAAGAAUGAAGACUUGAGAGGAAACUUCAGAAACCAAGUUGGACCUAAGAGGCAGAAAAGAAGCCACAUCAUCCAGAAGAGGGAUAAACCCAUUCCUUGCCAAGGGGGGGAUUCCCAAGAAGUAAUUCACAUGGUGAAGGAAACAUACAAGUGCUUGGCGUGUGGAAUGAACUUCUCAGAUCAAUGCCAAUAUAAUGUCCAUUUACAAAUGCACAGUGGAAAGAAGACCGAUAAAUUGCUGGAGUGUGGAAAGACUAUGUUUUGCAGAGCAGAGCUCCUUAGACAGCAAAGAACACAAAGAACACAUAGAGGAGAGAAACGUUAUAGCUGCUCAGAAUGUGGCAAGAGAUUUUCAGAAAAAUCAGACCAUGUUCGACACCAAAGGAUUCAUUCAGGUGGGAAGCUAUUUUGUGGGAAGAGAUUCAGUCGCAGUGGCCACCUUCAAACCCAUCUAAGAAACCACACAAGGGAGAUGCCUUUUGAUUGCUCAGAGUGUGGGAAAAGAUUCAGUUACGGUAGCAGUCUUCAACAGCAUCAAAGAACCCACACAGGGGAGAAGCCUUUUGAAUGCUCAGAGAGUGGGAAGAGAUUCAGUCACAGUAGCAGUGUUCAACAACAUCAUAGAACCCACACAGAGGAGAAGCCUUUUGAAUGCUCAGAGAGUGGGAAGAGAUUCAGUCACAGUAGCAGUGUUCAACAACAUCAUAGAACCCACACAGAGGAGAAGCCUUUUGAAUGCUCAGAGAGUGGGAAGAGAUUCAGUCACAGUAGCAGUGUUCAACAACAUCAUAGAACCCACACAGAGGAGAAGCCUUUUGAAUGCUCAGAGAGUGGGAAGAGAUUCAGUCACAGUAGCAGUGUUCAACAACAUCAUAGAACCCACACAGAGGAGAAGCCUUUUGAAUGCUCAGAGAGUGGGAAGAGAUUCAGUCACAGUAGCAGUGUUCAACAACAUCAUAGAACCCACACAGAGGAGAAGCCUUUUGAAUGCUCAGAGAGUGGGAAGAGAUUCAGUCACAGUAGCAGUGUUCAACAACAUCAUAGAACCCACACAGAGGAGAAGCCUUUUGAAUGCUCAGAGAGUGGGAAGAGAUUCAGUCACAGUAGCAGUGUUCAACAACAUCAUAGAACCCACACAGAGGAGAAGCCUUUUGAAUGCUCAGAGAGUGGGAAGAGAUUCAGUCACAGUAGCAGUGUUCAACAACAUCAUAGAACCCACACAGAGGAGAAGCCUUUUGAAUGCUCAGAGAGUGGGAAGAGAUUCAGUCACAGUAGCAGUGUUCAACAACAUCAUAGAACCCACACAGAGGAGAAGCCUUUUGAAUGCUCAGAGAGUGGGAAGAGAUUCAGUCACAGUAGCAGUGUUCAACAACAUCAUAGAACCCACACAGAGGAGAAGCCUUUUGAAUGCUCAGAGAGUGGGAAGAGAUUCAGUCACAGUAGCAGUGUUCAACAACAUCAUAGAACCCACACAGAGGAGAAGCCUUUUGAAUGCUCAGAGAGUGGGAAGAGAUUCAGUCACAGUAGCAGUGUUCAACAACAUCAUAGAACCCACACAGAGGAGAAGCCUUUUGAAUGCUCAGAGUGUGGAAAGAGAUUCAGUCGGAGUGGCACUCUUAAAAAACAUCUAAGA